UUGUGUGUGUGUGCAUGUGCCCUCUCUCCCUCAGUCUGUGCCACCCCAGGGUGGGAAUGCUAAGACAGACAGUCAGUUUAUUUUUGGGUCAGUGACAGUGUGUCAAUGGCCGCAGAUGCAUCGCAAAGGACGGCUCUGAGAUACCAGCAGACCCUGCUAUAUGGAGUGUACAGGGAACACCCCGGUGGGUCUCAGCGGAGAGAGACCACCCGCCUGCUAACAGAGAGACAGCGUAAAAAACAUAACCACCACGGGCACCACCAUCACAGUCACCGUGUGCGGAGUCAAAGCCGAAGUCGCCAUCACAGUCGCCACCAUCAGGAUCUGGACAUUGGCAGUGUUGAAGACAAGCAGGAGCAAGAGCAGAGCCACACAUCAUCGUUCAAAAAGCGACGCUCCUACUCCAAGUGCCGAGACUGUGUGGCUCGAGUACAGAAGUUCUUUGUUUCUAAAUUGGGUGAAGACUGGAUCUUUUUGGUGCUGUUGGGUAUUACCAUGGCAUUAGUAAGCUGGACCAUGGACUAUGCAAGUGCCAAGAGUCUACAAGCCUAUAAGUGGUUUUAUGGGGAGUUGAGGGGAAACAUCCCACUGCAAUACCUGGUCUGGGUCUCCUAUCCCAUGGUGCUCAUCUUGUUUGCCUCCCUCUUCUGCCACCUGGUCGCUCCUCAGGCCAUUGGCUCUGGUAUUCCAGAACUGAAAACCAUCCUCAGAGGAGUUGUCCUGAAGGAGUAUUUGACACUCAAGGCAUUUAUUGCCAAAGUGGUGGGACUCACUGCUGGCCUGGGCAGUGGUAUGCCAGUUGGCAAAGAGGGUCCCUUUGUACAUAUAGCCAGUAUCUGUGCAGCUGUGCUCAGCAAAUUUAUGACUUUCUUCUCUGGAGUGUAUCAGAGCCCAUAUUGUUAUACAGACAUCCUCACAGUGGGCUGCGCAGUGGGGGUUGGAUGCUGCUUUGGAACCCCUCUUGGAGGUGUAUUGUUCAGCAUUGAAGUCACAUCAACCUAUUUUGCCGUGAGAAACUACUGGAGGGGCUACUUUGCUGCCACAUUCAGUGCUUUCAUAUUUCGAGUGCUGUCGGUGUUCAAUAAAGAUGCAGUCACCAUCACUGCUCUCUUUCGUACCAACUUUCGAAUGGAUUUUCCCUUUGACCUGCAGGAGCUCCCGGCGUUCGCCAUUAUUGGGAUUUCUUGUGGGUUUCUGGGAGCUUUCUUUGUUUACCUCAACCGCCAAGUCAUCCUGUUUAUGAGAAAACCUAAUAUUCUCACACGCUUCCUAACGAAACACCGACUGAUUUUCCCAGCUGUUGUGACUCUUGUGGUUACAACACUGACAUUCCCUCCAGGCUUCGGACAAUUCAUGGCUGGAGAGCUGAUGCCCAGAGAGUGCAUCAACUCUCUAUUUGAUAACUUCACCUGGACUAAAAUAUGGGGAUCCCCCCACCCACCUGGUCUUGGUCGCUCAGCUGUCUGGUUUCACCCUGAUGUCAGUGUCUUUGUCAUUCUUAUCCUCUUCUUCAUCAUGAAGUUCUGGAUGUCUGCAAUUUCUACCACAAUGCCCAUCCCGUCUGGAGCUUUCAUGCCUGUCUUUGUACUGGGUGCAGCAUUUGGUCGUUUAGUGGGUGAGAUCAUGGCUACUCUCUUUCCUCAUGGUAUCCUGUUUGAUGGAAUACUGCAUCGCAUCAUCCCUGGAGGGUACGCUGUCAUUGGUGCAGCAGCACUGACUGGAGCGGUCACUCACACCGUUUCCACUGCAGUGAUCUGUUUCGAACUGACCGGUCAGAUCUCUCACAUCCUGCCCAUGAUGGUUGCCGUCAUCCUGGCCAAUAUGGUCGCGCAGGGUCUGCAACCCUCACUGUACGAUUCCAUUAUCCAAGUCAAGAAGCUGCCGUAUCUCCCCGAGCUGGGCUUCGGUCACAUAAGCCAGUAUAAUAUAUUUGUGGAGGACAUCAUGGUGAGAAAAGUGAAGUUUUUAUGUUCCCAGUCUAAGUACAGAGAAGUUUUGCAUUUACUGGAUUCAACCUCGCUAAAAACCAUCCCGCUGGUGGACUCAAAAGAAUCUAUGAUUUUAUUGGGCAGCAUUGAGAGGUCUGAGCUUCUCGCCCUCUGUGAUUGGUGGCUGUCAGCAGAGAGGCGGAUCCUAAUGCAAGGACAGAGCCCACUUGGUCAGGUGCCUUGCACUAAAGCCAGCUGGGAAUCCUUUGACUUUGUUGAUGAGGAAGUGGAGGAGAAUGACGAAGAGAAGACUAUGCCAGUUCAAGAGGAAAGAAACGGCCCUCUACCUUCAUCCAAACCCUCAGAACCCUCCACCAAUCACACGUCGCCUGAUAAGGGUCCUUCGCCGUCUUUCGGGAGAAUUUUACGUAACUUCUUUUCCUCCUCUUCGGAAAGACAUGUAGAAGGUCAGCUCCAGGAGCCAUAUCCUCCAUCUUUAACAGACACAAUGACACCAGAGGAGAUCAAAGCAUGGGAGAAGUCAGAGAUGGAAAAGCCUGUUGAAAUUGAUCAGAUCAGAAUAGACCCCUCCCCCUUUCAGCUGGUUGAGAGAACAUCAUUACAUAAGACUCAUACCCUGUUCUCUUUGCUGGGCCUGAGUCAUGCAUAUGUAACCAGUACUGGCAAACUGGUGGGAGUUGUGGCACUAAAAGAGCUCCAAAAAGCCAUUGAGGGCUCCACACGCAGUGGCGUACGCCUGCGCCCCCCUUUGGCCAGUUUCCAUGGCACCAUUCGUAAGUCUGCGAAGCGUCCACAUACUUCCUCCCCUCCCUCCCCCCCAGGCUCCAUCACAGCCCCAUCUUCACCUCUGUCCGCCCCUGUGGUACCCCAUUCUCAUUCUCCGAGCCCAGCAACCCCAGUCGGGGACACGAAGAAGGAGAUGGAGGUUUGGAUUGAGGGUGUGAAAAGGGAGGUGAUCUUGAAGAACAGCAGUAGCAUAACCUUAGGAAGCAGCAGUAGUUGUGGGACAGGAAGUAGUGACAGUGAGGGAGGAAGUCCCGAUAGCAGCCCCACCCUGCCACCUUCCUCUUUUCCUCACAUACCUCUCUCCACCCUGCAGCUGGUCCCCGAGAACAAAGAGGGUGAAGACAAUGAGGACGAGGAGCCCAUUUAAAACAAAGAGUUUGGGACAUAUUUAUGUGUGAUUUGUGUAUGUUUUUGUUACAUUUUUUAUAUAAUGAUUUCAUGUUUUGUAUUCCUUUGCUUGUUUAAAGGUUUUAAAUUGUCUGUCCUUCUCAGUAUUCUUCUCUUUCUGUUUCUCUUACCAUCAGAUUUUGUAAAGCUGUAAAAUUUUAAUUUGAUGGUUGGACAUUGUGCCACAGGAAAAGUAAACUAGAAAUAUCAGGGGAAAUUAUGCUUUACUAGGCCUGGAAAAGUCAUAGAAAUUAGUAGCAUCAUAAAAAGUCAUGGAAAUGUAUAUAGUUAAUAUAAUUCUGUAGUUUUUACCUUAAUACUGAUCUUGUGUAGAGUAAAAUUUGCUCUCAAACCAUAUGUCCCUAUUUGUAAUCAAAUUCUACUUUUUAGUGGUCGAAACGAUUCAUAAAUUAGACUAAAUUAUUCCUUAAAUAUUCAGUCUGAAUCAAGAUGAUUUUUAAUAUUCCAUUCCCAGUAAUCACAAAUGACUGCAGAGGUCAUGGACAAUUCAUAAGUCAAGAAGAGAUUUUUUCUCUAAUAAAAACACUUCAAAUGUUCUUUUCUUUUUUCACAUUUUCCCGUUAUGUUCAGAAGUUUUUUGCAACAGACCCUAUGACUGUCUGUCAUUUUUAAAGGAUUAGUUCACACAAAAUUGAAAAUUCUGUCAUCAUUUACUCACCUUCAUGUCAUUCCAAACACGUAUGAAAUUUUAGCAGAAUGCCCAAGCUGCUCUUUUCCAUAAUAAAAGCAUACAGUGAUCACGUGCUGUCUAACAUUAAAAAGUUAUAUAUAUAAAAUGUAUGUACAGUAUAUAGUGUAUAUAUUUAUAUAUAUAAAAUGUAUGUACAGUAUAUACUAAAUAUACAUUCUAGUUUUCUGAAGCCGCUAUUCUCUUUAGCUUUUAAAUCACAUUAACACUAUAUGUAUGUCUCACCAGAUUUGACGGAUGAGCAUCAAAUCUCAAGCACGUGACCGAUCACAA